AAACAAUCUGGACUAUAUACAAGUUAGCCUUUCCGUGAUUGUCCACCGUUGGGCCAUGGUCCACCUGUCCUCAGUGCAGGUGAAUGCUGAAAAGGCAGAGAGGCUGCGUUUUCGGGCAGCCCAGCGCUUUAGGUUUGCGCAGUUGCAAUGCAAAGCUUUGUCCGCGCCAUUGCCGGAUGAGCCUGCUGCCACUGACCACAACCUCAUGGAUCAGCAGCUUUUGAAUUUGCAUUUAGACUCCCAGCGCAACACGCACAGGGCAGGUUCUCCAAGGCUUGGUUCAUCUGCCUCUGAUUUGCUGCUGUGGUUGGCGGCGGAGGCAGAACGCUGUCCAGUGCCAGGUGGUUGGCGGCGCGUGGAUGAGGAGCUCUACAUCGACGAAUUCAGCUGUCUACCUCCUCGGACGGUGCAUCCUAUGCUUGGCUACUUUUUGAGACUAGCUGCGGUAGUCUUGGCAUUGCCUGAGAAGUCUUGCCAACGGGUGAUGAUGGACAUCUCAAAUCUGCACAAAGACCUCCUCGCAGAAUGUGCUGGGUUGCACCAGCAAUACGAGAAUCCGCAAGCAUGCGGGCUGAAGGAGUGGUACCACAAGCAGAGAGGGUGGUUUACGAGAAGUGACCCUCUUCAAGCUCAUGCAUAUCUGCAAAGAGUUGUGAAGGACUUGGAGAGCAAACUUAGACUUAGCCUUGAAGGCGGUCAGGAGGAGUCAGAUGAGGCAAGCUGCCAGGGCCAAGCAAAAGCGUCCAAAGACCCAGAAGCGGGAACUGACGCUGGGUCCUGCUGUUUCUUUGACAUUUCACAACCGAGACGGACCAAGUCUCCGAUUUCUUCCCCUGAGAACACGCUGGGUUCUUCCAUUGGGAGAACAGAGUUGGAGUGUCAAUACGAGCAGAACUGGAGCUCUCUGGUGUCAUCAAGGUUGUUGAGUACCCAAGAUACACCACAGACUCUGCACAGCAGCUCAGAAAGUGAAGGAGGUAUCAGAAGUAUCGGACUGAACAGCUCAAAUUCCCUGGCAGCCCUGGCAGCCAUCUCCAAGGAGACCUUGAGGGAACUCAGACCCUCAGAUCUUUGGGCACAGCUAGAUCCCUCAACGUUGAGCUCUCCAAGUUCUGCGAAGGACCCUGAGAACACCCAUUGUCAGGAGGUUCACCACGCGCAGAGCAGACAGAGCGUCACCGACCCUGGCGGAUGCUGGAGCAACCGCUAGGUCCACCCUGUUUGACUGGCCAGAUCCAAUUCGAUCAUGAAUGCCAGGCCCAAAGCUAUUCAAGGGGUGCACCCAAGGGUGCCUUCGAGGGGUGCUCGGGGUUUGUUUACUUUAAUUUAGCACAGCAUAUAUCCUACUGAUUGAAUCUUUUCACAUCACCAACAACUCGACAGUGAUGCAAAAGCUGUAAGACAAGCUUCGCCAAAGGCGGCAGCUUUUGGGAGUGCACCGCAUGACAAGCUUUGCACACAGCAAGCGCAUCGAGUACUCCUCCACGGAUUGCAACAUGGGAUUAGACGCUGUUGCACCGACGAGAACAACAAUUGAAGCCAAUGUUUGUAGCUGCACAGUUGCACAGACUUAAAUGAC